AUGAACGCAUUCAUUGGUUCACUCGAUAAUGAACAAUGUGAGCAAAUUCGACUUGAGAGUGAAGAAUUGUAUUUUGCACAGCGGCUGAAACAGGCGCAUGCAAAAGUAGUAGAAGCUUUGAGAGUGGCAAUCCAAAUCUACGGCAAAGCGUCGCUGCAUCUUGUCCCCUUCUACCUUCUACUCAUUGAUAUUUUACUUCGAGAGAAGCAAUUAAAGCCGUCAGAAAAGAUGCUUUCGCUGGUAAAUUGGUUAUUAAUCAAGAAUGGAGAUACCUUGGUAUCAACAGCUAAGUUCUCGGAAGAGACGACAAGACAUUUUCAAAUUCGCAUGAAUAAACUUUAUAGUCUAUUACAUCUUGAGUAUGAAGCUUUCUUGGAGGGACUGCAGUGUGCAGCUAAUGGCACUUACCAUUGCUCGCUAUUAUUUGGACCUGACCACGUUUAUACAUCAGAGCUGUACUUCUGUCUCGGAAUCACCUUCCACCGCAUGCAGCGUGGCACUUUGCUUAAAGAGUCUCGUCAAGAUGGUCAGAAAAAUAAUGAAUUACAACAGCAAAUUCAGCAAAAUGAUAGAUCGCUUGCCAUGCUGGAUAAAGUCGUGGACAUCUGGCAGUGCUUUCUAACGAACCCACCGCAGAACUUAGCAGCUUGGAAGUUGGAACAUCGACGUCUGCUUCAAGAAGCCAAUUUGAUGCUCCAUCAAAUCGUAAGCAUGCGCGAAACUUUGCUCGGAGCAAAACAUAUUACUACUGGUCAGGUGCAGUAUACAUUGGGAUUAUUGUUGCUCCUUCUUCAAGAUAAAGAUCAAGCUAAAGUUUUUGUGAAACAAGCAGCGGACAUUUACGUCACUGAGCUUGGAUCCGAGCAUCCAUCGACUGUAGAAGUCAUUGGUGCCUUGCGCGAGCUAGAUGAAAUUGGAUCAUAG